AAAGUAUACUUUGGCACACAUUAUAUUGAUGUUUUCAUGGUCAGUGCUCCAGCCCUCUUUCUGAUACAUUUAUAAUGACGUAGGUGUUGCUGGUUAUAGAUUUUGAAACAUUUGAACAUCUGUACUUGUUUGGAACAAUGUCCAUGCUGAAGAGAUCAGCGUUUGUGGGUUUUGUACUGUUUGCACUUGUUCCUUUGAUCCAUGCUGCCUGCUGGUCAGAGAGAUUGAGAUUAGGUGUGAAUCACUGUAUUGAUAAAACGGAUAAAACAUGGCACCUGGUCGGAUCCAAUUGGAGGAACAGCAUGUGCGAAAAGUGCACAUGCAGCACCUUCUCCUUGGACUGCUGUGACGGGUUCCCAACGCAUGUGACUAAAGGAUGCAUCAUAGCAUAUAAUUUCCAAAAAUGUACAUAUACAUUAACCAGUAUAGACCCAAGUGUUACAUGUUACGUUAUUGGAAAAUAAUGAUCAAGAAUUAAAGCACAUCACGACAUAUACAGCCUGUGCAGUGCUGCUUAAUCAGGCUAAACUGAACCAACAAAAAGCAUUACUGAGUUAAACAAAAAUCAGUUACUGAAUCUUUCGUGCUGUUGUAAAAUGGUUUGGUGAGACAGGAGAUGAAUUGUGGGGGGAAAUAAGAAUAAAAAUAUUGACAUCCA